GCGUCGAGCUGGGAGGAGGUGUGGUUAGCGCUCCGCCUCACGCCUCGCCCAGCCUUCCUCAGCAGCGCCAAGCAAGUUGGAGUCAAAUUUACGUGAACCUAGUACUUCAUCCAGUGAUCCAGUGACGUCUACAGCACAGUCUUUAUCCACAGUGACACCUCUUCGUGACCUUGUGAAUCGCUUGGUGGUUUUCAUGUGAAUUAGCGACUGAGUUGAUUGGGUUUUAUGGUGAUUUGAUGACACUCUACACACGUCACCGCUCCAACACACCGCGAAAUUACCUCUUUGUAGCGCCGCUUAAGCCAAUCAGACCAUCUAUCUUGCUUUUACGACAUGAAGCAGGCAAGUGACGCGGUGACCCCCGCCUGUCCAAUGACGGCCCUGCUAACCUGGUGAUGUACUAUAACCACCUAAACAGACUAAAGUUUGCCUAGUGACUUGGUGACCUACUGAGUUCCCCUUGACUCUGCCCCCAUCAAAAUUCGGUUACUUACUCCUCGUGAGCUAGUGACCUACAGUGGCUCAUCCUCGUCACCUGGGCCUCGCGUGGUGACUAUUACUGUACUUGGUGAAUACGUGUGGCUCACCUCAAUAGCUUGGUGACAUGUAGGUUGCUUGCUGACUCGUUAAUGGUGAACUGCGGUAACUGGUAACUUCCUCCGCAAUCUCUGUAUGGCAUCAACUCUUGUUUCCUGGUGACAUCACAAGCACCAAGACGUCACCAUGCCUUCCCUCGUCUUCUUGGCUCUCCUGUUAGGCAUGUGUGGAGGGGAGACUCUGUGCCCCAAUAAGACUGAGCUGGACACCUGCCUCGCCAAGCUGAUGCCUCACAUGCCACGCUCCGGCCUACCUGACAACCCGCGCCAGCUGACCACCAUGUGUAGGGCGUUCAAAGGCGGCAUGAUGUGUGUGGAUCGUUAUACAGCAAAGUGUAUGAGACCAGUGGAACGUGCAAGCCUUGAACUUCACCUGCAGGGCGCCCGUUCCACCCUCGCCUUCCUCUGCGAUGACCCAAUAUUCAAAAGAGAGUACUUGUCCCACGCUAAGUGCAUCAGGGAGGUGCGGACAGACUGGGACCGCUGCCACCUGCAGUUCAAACACUUAGUGGGGAAGGAACACUCCAAAUCCAACCUGACACAGACUCAAAGGGACCAUAACAUCUGCUGCAUCCGCGCGAAGCUCCUCAAGUGUGUUUACGGCACUGGAUUCCUCAAGUGUGGGCGACUCGAGGCUAUAUUCCUGCAGAAGAUGACGGCGACGCUCUCCUACAGUGACGUCCACCAGGAGAAGUGCAGACACGUCAUCCUACACACCUGCUCCCUCGCCCACCACGCUGCCCCCCCCGCUACCGCUCUCAUCACCAUCCUCUCCCUCAUCCUCCUCUCCUGCUUCAAACUCGUGACGUAAAAUCGCAAUAAUGGAGAGACAGAAUGAGAGAGUCCUCGAAGGUAAAGCUUGGUGAGCCUCCCUCGAGCACUGCUGCAGUGGAGGAGUGGUGCAGUGGAGGGGUGGUAGAGUAGAUAGGGACUGAGUGAGUGUUGACAAAUGGAUGGACUAAAUGCGCACAAACUAUUUAUAUUGACUUGUUUAAUAUGAUUUUGUUGGGAAGACUCAAACACGGUAUAUGUAAGCCUCAGUAACGAAAACGCAAAACUGUCAAUUAUUUUCUUCACCUAUGCUGUCAAAUAAUUGUACCAUCUUUUUUUUCAUGCAUUUAUUAUACCAGGUUAGUUUUUCCAAUAGCACUUCUCAUUCGCGUUAAGGAUAGGCAGGAGGAGGAGGAAGAGGAGGAGGAGGAGGAGGAGGAGAUGGAAGCAUUAUCACGUCACUAUAGUUUACGGCAUACAUGUGUUAGCGUUGCACUGCGAGUGUUAACUUAACUCCAUUUCACCUCCUCCCCGCACCUGUCCGCCACACCUGACGGAGAACUGAAAUCCAAAAUCAAUACGAGCAGCAGAAACAUGAUGAAACAAAGAGCGAGAGGAGAAAUGGGAAUGCAAAACGGAGACAAAGAAAACGCAAUAUUUUACAGCGAGCAGGAGGAUCUGCAGCAGAGGUUAUGAAAAACAAAUGAACGUGUACAGUGAAGGAGAGGAGGAGCUGCAGGCUGUGGCAGGAUGCUGCGUUUAUGUGGGCAAUGACUUAACCUGCUCUCGUGCCCACGCUCUUGAAUCUUCCGAGUUUUCCACCAUCUGGCUACGACUACAGAGUCACUCUCAUACUAAAUUUAUCUGUGUUGUAUACCUCUCACCUAACUUCUCUGACUAUAAGAAAUUCUUUGACUACUUAACUUCCAAAGUGGAGCACAUUCUGACCCUCUUCCCUUUUGCAGAGAUCUCCAUUCUUGGAGACUUCAAUGUUCACCACCAGCUUUGGCUUUCCUCUCCCUUCACUGACCAUCCUGGUGAACUAGCCUACAACUCUGCUAUCCUCCAUGACCUAGA